AUGGUGGAGGUGCUCGAGAGGCGGGCUAGGGAGCCUACGGGGCCGAUCAAGGCACCUCGCACCUACGCAGGGCCAGGCACCCCUGUCGAUCGCUGCCGGCAAGUCGAGCUCUGGCUGCGUGUCUCUCGCGUUCUCCUCGAGGAUGAUCUCUUAGCCUGGAGGCUGCUCGCUUCGAUCGAUCGUUGUUGUUCUUAUCCGCCGCGGAAGGUGGCCGACGGGGGCCAGAACUUUUCGGCGCUCGGACAGCCGCGUGUCGAGGACAUUACUCGCGUGGGUGCAGCGUUCGGGAGGCUGGAGAUAGAGGACGCCGCGUCACGAGAGAACCGGAAGAAGAAGAACGGCGAACGGGUGGUGGUGGUGGUAGUCGACACGGAUCGCGAUCAAAUCGGGAACGAAACCGAAGAAACUCGGGAGGAAAGUGAAAAGGUGAAAAAAGUGAACAAGCAGGAGGAGCACGAGGAGCAGAAGGAACAGAAGGAGCAGAAUAAGCCGCGUGACAAGUGGGAUAAAGUGGUGCACGGCGGAGGCGUGCUUUCGAGCAGGCUAGAGGGUCGGUUGGAGCCCAGGAAGGGCUCCUGCGAAAGGAGCGAGACUGGCGAGCGCAAUGUGGCAAAGCGGCGGCAUGGGCGCCCAUGCGGCCAACAAUCCAUGGAUGAAAUUAAUGGGCAUUGUUCACAAGGAGAGGAGACAUCACGACUCGAGUUCCGCCGCUGCCGCCGCUUCCGGUGUUCAGGGCUCUGCGACUACUGGCAGCAACGAUCGGACCCUCAAUCAGUGAGUCAUACUACUGCUUGCUUCAUGUUCCUUGUUUACUUUUUAGCCAACUUUUGCUUCACUUUCCGCGUGCUCAAGUUUAUGGAUGCUGGUUCGAGUUGUUCUACGACCCGUAGGGAUAGCCAGCUUUGCGAUUAA